CUGGCUGACCAGGAGCGCCACCUCAAGGAGCUGAUCUCGGCGGCCGACAUCUCCAGCGACCAGCCGGACCUCCUCCGCGGGCUCCUGGGCCGGGUGAUGGACCAGUACGAGCACUACUACCGGGCCAAGUCGUUGUCGGUCCAUCAAGACGUGCUGGCCAUGCUGUCCCCGUCGUGGAGGAGCACGCUGGAGGACGCCUUCCUGUGGAUCGGCGGGUGGCGGCCAUCCAUGGCUUUCCACGUCAUCUACUCCAAGUCCGGGCUCCAGUUCGAGACCGGACUCCGCGACAUCCUCCAAGGGAUCCCCACCGACGACCUGGCCGACCUCUCCGGGGAGCAGCUCCGCCGCAUCGACGAGCUCCAGCGGCGGACGGUGAGGGAGGAGAGGGAGAUCACGGAGGAUAUGGCCAAGGUGCAGGAAUCCGCUGCGGACUCGUCCAUGGUGGACCUCUCCCAUUCGGUCAGCCAGAUGAUGCGGAACGGAGGAUCGCCGAGUAUGGACGAGCGGGUGGAUAGCACGUUGGUGGUGAAGGAGAGGCAGAUGGAGGAGGUUCUGCAUGCGGCGGAUGAUCUGCGGCUGAGGACGCUUAGGGCGAUUGUUGACGAGAUCUUGACUCCCAUCCAGGCCGUCCAUUUUUUCAUCGCGGUGGCCGAGCUGCAUCUGCGUCUGCAUGACUGGGGGAAGCGGCGGGAUGCCGUGGACACAUCUCAGCCGUCCACGUGA